AUGAUUCCAUCGCAGCAAGACACAGUAGCAUCUGCUACAGCAGACAGCUCCGCAAUCUCAAACACCGAACAGAAGAAAGACGCGGCUCCAAAGAAGCUCACUUUUCACGACAUCCCUUUCGACGUUCGCGUUCUCAUGUGGAAAGAUUCUCUCAAGGACAAGACACGAGUCGUUCCGGCCAGAACAAGCUUGUCUGAAGGCAAUGAAUAUCUGAAGAUUGCACCAGAUAAGGAAAGUGUCGCAGAGCUUGCUGCUACCUUCUUUCAAACCGACAUGGCAGGUACCAAUGCUCUCAGCAAGACAUUGCAGGUUGCUCAGCAAGAAGUCCUCGAUGCCCAAAAUAUCCUCUUCGUUGGCGACCUCUUCGAGAUCUUCAAACCCAUCUAUGAGCUUGUUGUAUCACGACAGACAGUCUGGGUUCCAGCCGGCCCUAACGACACGACCGAAUAUGGACUGCUAGGCUCCGAAGAAAAUCCACUCAAGCCGUCCUGGAUGUUGGUAAGCGUAGAGCCGGAGUUGAAGGUGGAGUCUGUCGCUACAACGGAAAGCCUAGCAUUCCAUGCAUUCGCACCCAGGUCCCUAGAUUGCUAUGAUACAACUGUCCAUAUCGAAUCGAGAAGCUGA